AUGACUCACAAUUUUCCUAAAUUUGACGAACUUCCAACGGUGCCAAACACGCCUCAAGGAUGCCUCUGGGGGUUCUAUGACAAGAGUGAGGUCGUCAUGAAUGCCAGUAGCGAGAUUCGGAUAGGCAGGCAUCUCCAACUCGACUGGCCACUUCACUCUCUCAAGUUCCCAGGCUUCGCGCGUAGAGCUCUGCAACAUCAAAUCCUGGACAACCACGCCACGCUCAAUGAACACGCAUUUGACGAUGAAGUAUACUUCAAUACUCAAGCUGGCUCGCAAUGGGAUAGUUUGAAACAUUAUGCGUACCAGAAAGGCAAGGUUUUCUACAACGGGCUGACACUUGAGGAUGCCAAGAUCUCUGUCACCAAUGGAUUACACAACAUUUGUGAUCGUGGUGGCAUUGUCGGCCGUGGAGUCCUUGUAGACAUGGUAAGAUACUGGGAAAAGACUGGUCAAUGUUUGCCGGACCCAUGGUCAACCUACGCUGUCAGCUACAAAGAAUUGGAUGCCGCUCUAGCAGAUCAAGGGACGCAGACGAGACAAGGUGGCAUUCUUCUCAUCCGAUCUGGUUACGUCAAAAGACACAACGAAGCUUCGGAUGAAGAGAGAAAAGUAGGAACCCAAGGGAGUCAGUCCAUAGGACUUGCGCCUAGCGAAGAUACCGUUCGCUGGCUCUACAGCCGUCACUUCGCCGCCGUGGCUGGCGAUACUGUCGGUUUUGAGGCUCUACCAAGGGAUUUUGAGAACCCGUUCGCGCUUCAUGAGUGGUUGCUGGUCUUUUGGGGUACGCCUAUAGGCGAGCUCUGGAAUUUGGAGGGUCUGAGUAAGACCUGCGAGGAGUUGAAUCGGUGGACGUUCUUCCUCACCAGCGCGCCGCUCAAUAUUAGAGGAGGCGUCGGGAGUCCACCAGGGGCCAUUGCCAUCUUUUAA